CGCGUCGCUCUGACGCGUCCAGAGGAAACGCGCAGUGGGCAAUAAAGACCCGAGCGCGUCGCGCACGCUGAAUAUCACAGACUCAACGGGAUCACAACAACAUCACAAACAUCACCGACAUUAAAGACAUGGCUCUGGAUAUUGGUACCUGGGAUCUUGCAUGCAAGUUUAACAACACAGACCACCACACAGAGUUAAACGGCACAGAUCGACUGAUCGUGAGAAGAGGGCAGCCCUUUACCAUCAACCUGUACCUCAACUCGGGAUCUUACCAGACUGGAGUCAGUCAGCUUCACAUUGAAGCAGAGACAGGCCCACAGCCCGUAGAGCAGUACGGCACCAGGGCCGUCUUCAGCCUCAGCGAUGAGAUCGACAACACGUGUUGGAGUGCAGCGGUCACCAGUCCGCCUGGAGACACCGUUUGCCUUUCUGUGUGUGCGGCCCCUGAGGCGCCCAUCGGCCGCUACAUCCUCACUCUAGAUGGGCGCUUUCAAUUUGAUUUCAUUCUGUUGUUCAACCCCUGGUGUCCCGGAGAUGUAGUGUAUAUGGACAGCGAGGAAAAACUGGCAGAGUAUGUUUUGGCUCAGGAUGGUAUCAUCUUCAGGGGCAAUGUAGAUUAUCCCACACCGCUGGCCUGGGACUUUGGACAGUUUGAGGAAGGCAUACUGGACGCUUGUUUGAGAAUCUUGGACAUGAAUCCUAAACAUAAGAGAAACCCGGGGAAGGACUGUUCUGGACGCAGAAACGUCAUUUACGUCACACGAGUGCUCAGUGCUAUGAUAAACAGCAAUGACAGAGACAGUGGUGUCCUGGAGGGAUGCUGGAAGGACACGUUUGACGGUGGGGUGAGUCCCAUGUCGUGGAGGGGUAGUGUUGACAUUCUGAGGACCUGGGACAGCGCGGCCUGUGCGGCUGUGCGCUAUGGUCAGUGUUGGGUCUUUGCAGCUGUUGCCUGCACAGUGUCUCGUGCUCUGGGGAUUCCAUGCAGAGUCGUAACAAACUACCUUUCUGCCCACGAUACCAACAGCAAUCUCGUGAUCGAGCAUUAUCUCAAUGAGAAAGGUGAACCGGACGGUACAAGCAGAGAUAUGAUAUGGAACUACCACUGCUGGGUGGAGAGCUGGAUGACCCGACCUGAUCUUCCUCCGGGCUUUGACGGCUGGCAAGCGAGUGACCCGACGCCACAGGAGAAGAGUGAAGGUGUGUACUGCUGCGGGCCGGUUCCUGUGCGGGCGAUAAAGGAGGGUGAACUCACACUGAAGUACGACGCUCCGUUUGUGUUCGCCGAGGUGAACGCAGAUUUAGUGUACUUCCUGAAGUAUAAAGAUGGCAGCACAAGGAAAAUCGUGAAUGACCGAAAGGUUGGCCAGAAGAUUAGCACCAAAAGUGUGGGCCGGGACGAGAGAGAGGACAUCACACACCUGUACAAAUAUCCAGAUGGUUCUGCAGAGGAGAGAGCGGUUUUUGAGAAAGCCAACCACCAGAACAAGUUACUGCAGCAGCAGGCAAACCCCGGGCUGCACGUCACCAUCAAGCUGUCUGCGGACAUCAGGAAAGGCUGCGACUUUGACGUGUUCGCCAUAGUGACAAAUAAAACGGAGGAGGAGAAGAAGUGUCGUCUGGUGUUUGCGUCGCGGGUCCUGUCUUAUAAUGGAGUCACUGGGAGAGAGUGCGGCUUCAAAGAUCUGCUCAAUGUUGAACUCGCACCCGGAGCAGAGAGGAAGGUCCAACUCAGGUUGAACUACAGCAAAUAUUGUGACAAUCUAACAGAGGACAACCUGAUUCGUCUGGGCGCUCUGCUGAUAGAUUACAGCACCAGGGAAGCAGUCAUGGCCAUGCGUGACAUUGUGCUGGACAACCCUGAUAUCAAAAUCAGGAUUCUUGGAGAACCCAAAGAGAACCGUAAGCUGGCAGCAGAGCUCACCCUACAGAACCCGCUGCCAGAUCCCUUACAAGGCUGUUGUUUCACUAUAGAGGGCGCCAAUCUCACAGGCGGUCGUAGCGUUACUGAGAGACUCGAUUGCAUCAUUGAGCCCGGGACGGAGGCCAAAGUUAAGAUCUACUUUACUCCCACCCAGAGCGGCCUGCGCAAACUUCUGGUGGAUUUUGACAGUGACAAGCUGGGUCACGUUAGAGGAUACAAGAAUGUUAUCAUCGGAAAAUAAGAUCAUUCGUUGCUGUGCUAGAGAUUCAUCUUUUUAGUUUACAUUUACUUAUCAGUAUUGUAGGUGUAUAACUAUAUCUUUUAUAUACAAUAUUUUUGUAAGAAUGUGAAAAGUUAAGGCUUCUUUAUUAGUAUACUGUAGCAUACAAAGGAGAACAGCAUGCAACGAUUAUUAUCAAUGCAUCUUGUAUUUGUACAACACUGAAUUGAGACCUACAACAUGCAACAUUCCCGGUUUUGUUUGCUUUUAGAUGUGUAAAGCAGAAAGAAAUCGGCAGAUUAUGAAAACAAUCACACUACAAUGAAAAAGACAAUCAGAACAUAAGAAAACACAACAACAAUGUGACUUUGGAUGGUAGAUGUCUUACAAAUGUUUGCUUCAUGUAUCAUUGUAUUCAUCAAUGUUUUUCUUUUUCAUCAGUCUAUGUAACGGUACAUUUUUACUCAGUCAAGAUUCACUCAGUGUAUAAUGGAUAAAAUCAAGCCUCACCCUUAACAUUUUUCAUUAUAUUUUUAUUAACGUUUCACAAUAAAAUGUUGCAUCAUGGAAAUAAAAUGUGUUGCAUUUCAAAUUUGAUACUGACAUUAAACCUGCUGCAU